AUGGACGAACAAAGCAUGCAGAUUUUCGUCCAAGAACAAAUAAAGAAACUUACUACAUUUGGUGGUGCUCGUGAUGAAGAUGUUCUACACUGGUUACAAGAUACUGAAUGUAUAUUUGAUCAAGUACAAUUAAAACCAUCGAAUAAAUAUUUAGCUGUACAAUCGUAUUUAAAAGGUACAGCUGGCACAUGUUUUCGUUUACAUAAAUCAAAUAUCCCUGAUUGGUUUAUGUUUAAAAAAGAAAUUCUCGAACUAUUGAUCGAAGUGCAUCAAAUUCAGACACAGUCUCCGUCAUCACCUUACAUUAGAACAUUACCGUUAUCUACACCGGUAACAAAUAUUGAUCAACAAUCGGAUAUGCUUACUUUAUCCGAACAACCAUCAUCUCAUCAAUCAGUCAAUACUGAAUCAAUUAACAAUUCAAUUGUUGAUAAUAUCCCAAAUGUUAUAUCUUCGACAAUUACAAAUAUUCUACGGUCGUGCUCAUCUACAGUAGCAGUUAAUAAUACUCCUCCACAUGAAGCUGAAUUAAAACAACUCGAAAGUGAUAAAACUAAUUCAUGUUCAUUAAAUGAUAUUCAUGUGGCUAAUGAUGAAUUUAUCUAUGUUAGUGAAUUAGUAAAACUUCAUGCUCAAGUUACUAGUGAUAAUACUGAUAUUAAAAAUCAUACUGUUAACGUUACGUUUUCAACCAAUCGUAUUUACAUUUUACAGAUCGAUUAUACUCCAAAUUCGACACAUUUACGUCUACGUGAAGAAGAAAAAGAAGAAAGAAAAACACAAGUAAACUAA